AUGAAGCUCUCUCGUGUCGCAGUCGUUGGCCUCCUCUUUGUGGCCGCCCGUACCACCCAAGUCAAUGCCCAAGAGGCCUCCGACAAAACCUUAUCGAUCGACGAGGCCGCUGCGUCAACGUCGUUCUCUUCGGCGACUGCCGACUCUGAAUCCAUGUCUGCCACGGCGCCGGCGAUUGAGUCAGCAUCCGGUUCGGAAACCGGCAGUCUCUUCUCUCAAAGCUCGGAGACGGAGGGUCUAUUCACGUACGACUCGCCGAUGCAGAGUCCCGAUGCCUAUGGACCCGCACCGGUUGAACCCAUGGUCGGUGGAUAUGGCAGCAUCGACCACCUCUGGUGGGACAACCAAGACGUCGCGCAACCGGCCAUGGAGGCGGGAGCGACGGAAGAGCAAGUUCGCUCGAUUCUUACCGAAGUGAGCGGCACAUCGUCCCAUGACGACAUCACGUCUGCCGUCAUCGCCGCCGGUGUCGGAGAAGAGCUUGUCCCUUCUGUCGUCUACGCUUUCGAGUCUGCGUGGCAAUCUUCCGGUUAUGACCUAUCUCCCCCCAAUGACAGCCCGUCGUAUGCCACGCCGGCCCCGGUGCUUGAAGUCAUCCAGGCGGCGAUUGAAGCCGGUGCCACGCCCCAGCAAGCCGCUGUCAUCGCUGUCGCGGCCGACACGGGUGCUAGCCUCAACGCUAUCGUCGAAACGGCCAUCGCCGUCGGUGUCAGCCCGUCGGUCGCCGCUGCUGUCGCCUCAGCUGCCGACUCUGCGGCGGGCUCGGGUGCCGAUGCCGUCACCAGUGCUCCUAUCGCUGAAGUCAUCGAGGCUGCCAAGGAGGCUGGUGCGUCGCCGGCCCAGGCUGCCGCUCUGGCCGAUGCUGCGUCGUCGGGUGUCGCGGGCAGCGACCUCGUCGCCGUCGCCUUGCAGGUCGGUGUCAACGCGUUGGAUGCCGUGAACGUCGCCGCUGCUGUCGAGAUUGCGGUUGAGACGCCUGCGCCUAUCAUCGAUAUCAUCCAAGCUGCGCUCGACUCGGGUGCGAGCCUCGGCCAGGCCGCUGCUAUCGCGGUAGCCGUCAACUCGGGUGGCUCGCCUGCCGAGGUGCAAAUCGCGGCGAUCGAGGCCGGUGCUCCGCUCUCGGUUGCGUCGGCGGUCGCCUCGGCCGUAUCGUCGUUCACGCAGUCGACGGCGGGUUCGUCGGAUGCCACGCCGGCCCCGGUGCUUGAAGUCAUCCAGGCGGCGAUUGAAGCCGGUGCCACGCCCCAGCAAGCCGCUGUCAUCGCUGUCGCGGCCGACACGGGUGCUAGCCUCAACGCUAUCGUCGAAACGGCCAUCGCCGUCGGUGUCAGCCCGUCGGUCGCCGCUGCUGUCGCCUCAGCUGCCGACUCUGCGGCGGGCUCGGGUGCCGAUGCCGUCACCAGUGCUCCUAUCGCUGAAGUCAUCGAGGCUGCCAAGGAGGCUGGUGCGUCGCCGGCCCAGGCUGCCGCUCUGGCCGAUGCUGCGUCGUCGGGUGUCGCGGGCAGCGACCUCGUCGCCGUCGCCCUGCAGGUCGGUGUCAACGCGUUGGAUGCCGUGAACGUCGCCGCUGCUGUCGAGAUUGCGGUUGAGACGCCUGCGCCUAUCAUCGAUAUCAUCCAAGCUGCGCUCGACUCGGGUGCGAGCCUCGGCCAGGCCGCUGCUAUCGCGGUAGCCGUCAACUCGGGUGGCUCGCCUGCCGAGGUGCAGAUCGCGGCCAUCGAGGCCGGUGCUCCGCUCUCGGUUGCGUCGGCGGUCGCCUCGGCCGUAUCGUCGUUCACGCAGUCGACGGCGGGUUCGGCGGAUGGUGCUUCUUUGUUUACAGACGGUUUCCUCGCCGCAUCAUCGUCCGUCGUCGCAAUUGAGACCAAGCCGGUUGAAUUGGUUGCACCGAGUGAUCCCGAACAUGCGACGGACACGAACUCUCCAUCCGCGUACUUGUUCAACGAUGUAUCGACGCAAGCCACGGGAUCGUCCAAGGGAGGAAUUCUUAACGGUUUGAUGGACAGCAUUGUGAGUUACCUUUCCGACGCGCCGGCGCCUCCUCGUCUCCGUUCCCGCCCGCAGUGCGCGCCGACGGCCUAG